AUGCAAAGUGGCACGCCGGAUUUGUUUCUAGGCUUUGAUUCAACUUCGUUAUCGCAACAAACAACUGCGGUACCGCCUGUUGGCUCACGUCUUGCUCAGUAUUUACAACCUAAUAACGCUGUAUUAAAUAGGCCAUCGUGGAAUGGUUUGCCACAAAAUCGGCUUAUGAGCAAUUACAUUGGUAAUCAAAAUUCGGUUCAAAUAUCCAGUGUUCCCAAUUUUUUACCCUCAUUUGCGCAUAUGGGAAUAACUGAUGAAAAGGAUAUGAAUUCAUUGUUAUCGAUACCUUCCUAUUCCAUCCCAUCUUCUCAACGCUCUCUUAAUUAUUCAGGCAAUAAUGGUUCAUUGUUAGCUGCAUCAUCAGUUGCUGAUUCAAUACGAACAAAUCAGUUGUCUCAACUGGACAAUGGUUCGGCUUCUGGAUACAUGCAUGAAACUUUCGGUGGUACAGUUUAUUAUUAUCCUUCAACUUCGGAUAUUCCUCCCGAUCGGCAACAGCGAGAAGCUCUUAAUGAUUGUCAGACUGUGGUGGAUUUACUGAAGCGUCAGUUGGCAAUACAAUGUGUAGUUGAACCUGGUCUUUGUCUUGAUAUUCCAUCUGUAGUUGAAUAUUUCCAAAAUAUCGUUCCGCUGGAAAAAACAAGACCUCUAACGAUGAAUCAGAGUGAACGCACAUUUCCGAAUUAUACAACCACGGUUUAUAAGGCAAUAAGUGUGCGCGAUGGAAUGCCAUAUUGUUUACGAAGAAUUCAUAAUUUUCGAUUAAAUUCUCAAAAGCAGUUAACUUUGGCUGAUAAUUGGAAGAAAUUAGUCCACGUUAAUAUUGUACAAUUACGCGAUGUUAUUGUGACACAUCAUUUUGGAGAUAGCUCGUUGUUAUUUGUUUACGAUUAUCAUCCCUUAUCUGAAACUCUAAAAGAACGUCAUUUUGAAUCGCGUGCCAAUGGUAUAACUGCACCUUUUGCUGAUGGAACAUCUAAAGUAGCAACUCUGGGAGGAUUGAAUCCGCUUGGUGUGCAGGAAUCAAUUCUAUGGACAUAUGUCGUGCAAAUAUCAUCAGCUUUACGUGCAAUACAUGGAAGUAAUAUGUCAGCACGAUCAAUUGACUUAACAAAAAUUAUUGUAUUUGGCAAAACAAAGUAA